CUUGGAACGCGUCUCGACCUUGUGAACAUGACACUCCAAUAACGAGAUUUGCCUCAGCAAGCACUACAAGCCUUCAAGAUGUCCGACAAAGAUUUAGAAGAUCUUAGUUUGCCCAAGGCGACCGUUCAAAAGAUCAUAUCCGAGAUCCUUCCCCAACUUCCUAAUGACAACACCGCCGCCGGAAAGGACGGCGAGAUGACCUUCACUCGACCAGCCCGCGACUUGCUGAUUUCAUGCUCUCUCGAAUUCUUGCGCAUGUUGUCCUCCGAGUCCAACGACAUUUCUGAAAAGGAAUCAAAGAAGACCAUCAGUGUUGAACACGUCGAACAGGCUCUCACAGACUUGGGCUUCGGUACCUACAUCGAAGGUUGUCGCGGCGUUGUUGGCGAAUGGCAAGAAGUGCAGAAGAAGAGGGUCGGUCGUGGUGAAAAGAUGCGGAACUUUGGAGGUUACGAUAAGAUGGGCGAGGAAGAGUUACGGAAGAUGCAAGAAGCUCUGCUCGGGGAAGCGCGAGGUAGAAUGGAAGGACAAGGUGACGCACCAGGGGAAUGAGAGCUGGAAGACCCAUUAUCAAGCAAAACUUCCCUAGAGCCGGAGUUGUGAUGCUUUGGCCUGCCUGUGAGCGAGCAUGUUGCACACGACGGAGCAAGUGCGGUUGAAAGAGUGAGCCAUGGGAUGCUUCGGUCGUAGGCAGGUGC